AUGUAAUUUAAAGAUCUCUCCUUAUAAUUGAUUAAUAUUACAAAUUUUAAUGCAAAAUUAUAUAUCAAAGUUAGAAGACGCAGAUUCUACAGAAAGUCUUUUCAAGUGUGCUACAUCCAAGCAGUAUUCAAAAAGUUCAAUAUACCCUGCCAAUGCCAAAGCAGAUACAGCGCAAACAAAUUCAAAUAUUAGUCCUGUAAUGGUCACUGGCUCACUAGCUAAUGAAAUUCAUCGAGAGAAUAUGGAAAAAUUGAAACAAAUGAGCAACGAUGAAAUAAUGUUAGAAAAGGGAAAUCUUGAAACCAUGCUAGACCCUAGUACAAUAGCCUUUAUAAAAUCAAUGAAAGAUACAAAAGAUAAAACAAAAACUAAAUUACUCGAAGUUUGUAAAAAUAGAUUGGUCGAUAAUAAAAAAAUUAAAUUAGUUGAAGGUACAGUGCGCGAUGCCUCUCAAGAAUUUGAAAAUCCUAAAAUGGAAGUAGAUGACGAAAGUAUCGCCAAAGCUUCAAUAAACGAAGAUAUCAAACAAAAGAAUUUUAAAAUGGAGACAGAUUUUACAAGUUUAGAUAAAGAAUUACCCGAACCUGUAGUGGAUAUAGUUAAAACUGCAGAGAAAAGUGGCUGGGUACAUAUGGAUGACUUAGAGCCAGAGAAGGUAAAAUGGAUGCAAGAUUUGACAGAAAACGAAGACACAAAAUUGCCCGAAGAACCAUACAAUGCUCGCUUCGAUUUUAACGGAAUACUGAUGCCCUAUAAAGACGAAAUUCUCACUGUGGACAAAGGUCUUCAUCACCACGGCGAGGAGCCCAAUAGACCUGGUUAUUCUGUCCAAGAGCUGUUGCAACUCAGCCGCUCGUUCACCCAACAGCAGCGCUGCACAGCUCUUACGACUUUAGCCAAUAUUAUGGAGAAGACCCAUCAGGGUUGGUACGACCGUGCCUUGAAGCCACCUCUUCUCGAAACUUUAAAUCAGAGGAAUAUUUUGCUGCUCUUGAGAUUUUCACUCGAUGAUACUGCACUUCCCGUAAUUACAGCGAGUCUUCAAGCUAUAAGAGGUUUUUUAUUUUGUGAGACUGACGAACUGUGUCUCGAUAAAAUGUUUGGAAUUGAUAAUUUUGUGGAACCAAUGAUGAAACCAUCGAUGAAGGAUGUGGAUAAUAUCGAUGCGUUAAAGGAUUAUGAAUUGGCGCAAUUGGAUACGGUUGCCGUCCUUGUACGAACUGACAUUGUUUUAAGAAUAAGAUACAUAAUGAGUGAAGUCCAAUUAUCGCCCGUAGGUAUGACGUCAGCUUUGGAAAUAUUAGCAAGACUUGCCAGACAUUCCCAAGCAGUAGCAUCCAAUAUUGCUUGUACACCAAAUUUACUUAAUUAUAUUGUUAAAAAAUGCAUCCCACUUUCUAUGAACAAAUCAGAAUUCAAUCGUGACUCUAGUAAAGCAUACAAAUGCCCUUUAGUGGCGGCUGUACGUUUGUGUCGAAUUUUAAUUACCUACGCUGGGCUCCACGUGGCUGUGAUUUUAAAAGAUUUACGCAUCAUACAUUCGUUAUUGACUUAUAUUUGUAGCGAUGCAAGUAGGCAAGAGGUGCGUCUGCACAUAGAGAGCUUAAGAUUAUGGAGAUUAUUUUUACAUUAUGAUAUUGAGAAAGAUAGCAUUAUCGGGGCGAGACUCACUUUAAUAUCACAAUUGAGACUCUUGGCGACUACUCUCGACAUCGAUGUCGCAUCUCCAUUAACGUGUGAUUAUGCCGCAGCUCUGAUCGCCAUUGCUAAAUAUGACGAACCAUUAAAGCAACACGUUGCAGUCCUCUUGGCUAAAUGGAGUACGCAGUUGUCGACGAUUUCGAUGCCAAAUUGGAAUAAUACGGUUUUAAUUGCCGAGACGUUGAGGACACUUGGGGAUGUUUCUUCGUUCCAACGAAAUUGGAUAACAAAUUCUAGAAUAUUUAUGCAAUUGAGUUCGUUUUCAAAUUUAUUAUGCGGCCUUGAGAAUGCAACCGAUCGGGAUCCAUCAUCCCUUCCAACUCUCGGCUCCAUGACUUACGAGGGAAAAUUACAACCGAUUUUAUCAAUUAAUUCAAUUAUUAUAUUUUUAAAAACGACUCUCGAAUGCUUACUAAAGCAUAAUUGCAGUCAGGAUAUCGAACGCAUACUCAGAAAUACGAACGUCCAAAACUAUUUACAGAGAUUAAAAAAUAGCGAGUGGUCGCUCGAGAGGUCCUGGUACACUCGCCCGGAGUACUCACUUUUGAUAACAAUAAUCAAGGCUGAAAAUCAUCUGAAUGCCAUUAUGAAAGGGCAGCUAAGCGAUACUGUCUGGAAAAUAGCCAUAAAGCUCAUUUCCGCUUUGCCGGCGGACUGCACCGAUAGCACCAUAGAAGUUCUCAACUUCAGCCUUGCUCCUGAGAGAAUUAAUUUAAGAUUCCUCGAGAGUGGUCUGGAGAAACUUGAACUGAGCGACAAUUACAAAAGGAGGGAAAAUCUAGACAAUUCUAGCAUUGUCGUCGAGUUUUACAUAAGGUUUUUGAGCAUAAACGGAAGCUGGCACGAGGCGGGUAUGCCUAAAGAUUGGCUGUAUCUGCCUCUCGUAGAUUAUUACACGCGGCUUAAGAGUAAACAGCCCAAGCAGUCCUCGGACACUCUUGAGCCUAUUGAAAUUUUGACCUUAUUGAAGCUUGAACUGAUAAUGCCGGAAUUGACGCAAAAUCUUACGCCCAACUUGAGGUUCAGUAGGAUGCUUCUAUUGUACCUGUGCGAAACUACUUUCGUCCAUCCACCGGAGUCCGAAUUGCCGGAGAAAAUUAUUAGUCUAUUAGUGCGAGGGAAUUACAAGAAAUUCGAUUUGUCCAGCGAAGUGCCAGGUUUGAGUUCCUUCACCGAUCUCUUUACUGCCCUCUGCGAAAAUUUUUUGGCAAACUCUUACGGUCAGGACUGUUUCGCACAGAUCGUCCUCGUCUUCGUCGCCCAACGAUACGAGGUUCACUACCGAAAGUUGCUUUGGUCCGAGCAUGCGGGGGUAUUGCAGUACUGCCGACUCACUCCCGAUAAGCUACUCAUCCCUUACGAGGAAUAUCUUUAUCCGGUGGAGAUUGACACCUCCCUCAUCGAGGCUUAUAUUACGGCCUUGGUGAGGGAGAGUGUACGCUACAGCCAUUCGCCUGUUUUGUACAAUAUAGCGCUUCAUCACUCAGCCAUGUAUUUGAAGGAAACGUCAAAAUUGGCCGUCCUAAUGAGAUCGAGGAUCGGCAGGUUGAUGAAUCAAGCGAGAACGAGAGUCCUGGCUGAGAAAUUACUUAAUUACGAACCUUCCGUGAAGGCAGGAGACUAAUAUUUUUAGGACGGAGCCUACUCGUUGAAAGACUUUGCUUAGAUUUAAGAGCGUGAUAAGCCAAUAAUAGUAUUCAAAUAUUAAUCUUCUUUUUCUCUUUUCUUUUAUCGAAAGUCAUAUAAUAAUUGUUUCGUUAAUUUUUUGUAAAAACAUUGCCAAAUGAAUUGUGAAGUUUAAUUCCCAUAUUUAUGAUAUUGUGAUUAUUAUGUAUGUUAUUGAAAUAUAUU